AUGUAUGGACAACAGUCCAAUGGAGCACAGGGCUUUGGCCUGAAUUUUUUCAACCAGGGACAACAACCUACGCAGCAGAACCCUUUUCAAAACACACAGGGGAACUCGCUAAGCUCGACUUUUGGGAACGCGUUCUCAACGUCUACCACGAAUCAAUUUUUGGGCAACAAACUGAAUACGGGCCAAGGCAACGUGUUUGGCCAACCGCAGAAUCAAUUCACUACAUCUAGUAGUAACUUUCUUUCGACACCUCAGGUAGGGGGGUUUAACAGCUCAAUGAACAAGCUUUCCACAGGACCCGGGCAAUCGUCCUUUGGAGGGUUUGGAACAUCUUUUGGACAAACUUAUACAGGCACUACACAGCAAAGCAAUUCAUUUGGGACAUUGGGCAGCCAGACAACCUCAAUGGGCACUGGGAUGUUUAAUCAGCAACAAAAUAACUUAUUUAGUGGGCCAAUGGUUAACAACCAAGGAUCCAUGGGGACCACCAUGGGAUUUGGAAAUGCUGUGGGCCAAAUUUCAAAUCAGAAUGGAAAUACCUGCAUUUAUAAUACGGCCAGCAACACCAACGCCGAUGUAGUGUGUAUCCAAAUUAUCGAUAAGACAGAUUUUGUUUACGGGUUGAUUGAUGGUACCGUUGCCAUAGGAUCCACAACUGCCCCACAGGCGCCUAUUCAGCAAUUCAAGCUGUCGAGCCCAAUUCUUUCUUUGGCGGUCAAUAAUAACAAGGAGAUCUUUACUGGGACAAUGAACGGCCUGUAUGUAAUUCAGCAGGGCAGCCAGCCCGUGCAAAUUGGCACCUAUAGUGGCCCAGUCUUCCAGAUAGCUACAAUUGGCAAGUACAUCUUUCAUAGUGAGAUGGUGCUUACCCAGGCUGGGCCGAAGCGUACGAUCCAGCAGAGCAAGAACUCCUGGAGUGCCCACGUGAAUACCGGCAACCAAGAGAACCUCCCUAUAGCGUAUACGAUUAAGGUAGGAAUGUACGAUGGAACUUACAAGCCGGAGCUAGAUGUCGCUGAGGCAGCGUGUAGCGGGCACUUCUUCUUGGUGUCCACUGGAGCGACCACUGGAGGAUCGCUUAGCUGCGUACUUAUGGUCCCGAACAUUAACAAUGAGAGGCCGUUUAUCGUCUACAAUAUUAAGCAGGGAGGAGUAGGCAUAAGUUCAAGAAUGAGCAUUGCUGAAGAUACAUCCAUUAGUGUGAAGCUCAGUACUAUUGCUGGAAAUAAGCGCCUAAGUUCUGGAGUAAUUGGGUGUGGCUACGAUAGAGUAGGGCUUAAGGCCAUGGUAGUUACUAAUGACAGAUGCAUGCUGGUGUAUGACCUUAACAACAAACUGGUCAAUCAGAAACAGCUUCAAUUCCCGAUCUUACAUGCAUGUUAUUCAGAUCAUCACAGGACGUUUCUUUUCACCGCUGGAACUGAAAUAGCAUACUAUCAAACGGUUGGAAACAACACUGGCGAGUGGGGCAAGAUCCCGGGUACGUCUUUUGGAGAGAUAUGCAGCUUCAGUAUCGAUGAUCAGAAACUUGCUAUAGCCGUCGGCAGCGCCAGUGCAUUGUAUCAAGGGACGCCGAGUCAAGGGGCGUCAGGUCAAGUCCGGGUCUCCAUUGCUCUUGUGAACCUUCCGUCAGUUCGUCAGGGAGUAUACCCCAACACUUAUCAUCUGAUAAGCAACAAGACUCCUACCAAUGUCAUUUAA